GAUAGACCCCGCCCGAACCCCGAGAGGCCGCCGCCACGCACCUGUCACGGGGCCGCCAGCGCCCUCUCAACGGGGGACCCCCCGCGACUCUAGCAGCACCCCCAACCUCCGCUGGUCCCCGCCAGGACCACACGGGGCCCGCGGGGCGAGCCUCUUGUGCCCACCCCCGCCCCGCCGGUCCCGCGAGCCCCUCCCGACCGCUGACCUCCUCCAGGUCUCCAGGGCGCCCCAGGGGACCCCCGCAGGCGCGCGCCAUGCUCCAGCUCCUGGCACUGCUGCUCCUGCUGCUGCCGCCGCCGGCGCGCGCCUGGGAGCCGGAGCCGGAGCCGGAGCCGGAGCCGGAGCGGGAGCCGGCAGCGCAGGACGUGAGCCUGGGUGUGGACUGGCUGACCCGCUACGGGUACCUGCCGCUGCCGGACCCCGCCCAGGCGCAGUUGCAGAGUCUGGCGAAGCUGCAGGACGCCGUCAAGGUCAUGCAGAGGUUUGCUGGGCUGCCUGAGACCGGCGUCCUGGACGAGGCGACCCUGGCCACCAUGGGCAAGCCCCGCUGCUCCCUGCCGGACGUGCUGGGGGUGGCCGGGCGCGUGAGGCGGCGGCGCUACACCCUGGGCAGCAGCGUGUGGAAGAAGCGAACCCUGACGUGGAGGAUAGAGUCCUUCCCCCGGAGCCCGGGGCUGCCCCCCGACACGGUGCGGACCCUCAUGCACUACGCCUUGAACGCCUGGGCCGCCGAGUCGCCCCUGAAGUUCCAGGAGGUGGGCGCCGGGGCCGCCCCCGAGCCGGACAUCCUGGUGCACUUCUCCCGGGCCUACCACCAGGACAGCUACCCCUUCGAAGGGCCCGGGGGCACCCUGGCCCACGCCUUCUUCCCGGGGGAGCACCCCAUCUCCGGGGACGCGCACUUCGACGACGAGGAGCCGUGGACUUUCGACUCGAAAGACGGCGAGGGCAUCGACCUGUUCGCCGUGGCUGUUCACGAGUUCGGCCACAGCCUGGGCCUGGGCCACUCCUCGGCACCGGACUCCAUCAUGAGGCCCUUCUACCAGGGCCGGGUGGGCCCACCCCACCAGUACCGCCUGUCCCAGGAUGACCGCCAGGGCCUGCAGCAGCUCUAUGGGAGAGUGCCCCACCCCCGGGGGGGCCUGCCCACCAGGAAACCUCUGAGUCCUCCCGCACCACCACCUCAGCACCCCGACAGCCCCUCCAGCCCCCUCCCGGAUCGGUGUGACGGCCACUUCGACGCCAUCGCCAACAUCCGCGGGGAGACCUUCUUCUUCAAAGGCCCCUGGUUCUGGCGCCUGCGGCCCACGGGACAGCUGAUGUCGCCGCAGCCCGCGCGGCUGCACCGCUUCUGGGAGGGGCUGCCGGCCGGCGUGAAGGCGAUCCAGGCGGCCUACGCGCGCAGCACCGACGGCCGGAUCCUCCUCUUCAGCGGCCCCCAGUUCUGGGUGUUCCGGGACCGGCAGCUGGAGGGCGCCGCGCGGCCGAUCUCCGACCUGGGGCUGCCCGCGGGGGAGCCGGUGGACGCCGUGUUCUCGUGGCCGCAGGACGGCAGGACCUACUUGAUCCGCGGCCGGCGGUACUGGCGCUACGACGAGGCGGCGGCGCGCCCCGACCCCGGCUACCCCCGCGACCUGAGCCUCUGGGUGGGGGCGCCGGCCGCCCCCGACGACGUGACCGUUAGCAACACAGGUGACAUCUACUUCUUCAAGGGCGCCCACUACUGGCACUUCCCCAAGGGCAGCGUGGAGGCCGACCCCGGCUAUCCGCAGCCCAUGGGCCCCAUGUGGCUAGACUGCCCCGCCCCCAGCGGCGGCCCUCCAACCUUGGGUCCCCGAAAAGCGCCCCACCAGCCCGGGCCCUGCAACUGCCGGUGCGAGAUCAAUCAGGCCGCGGGGUGGCCAUCGGGGCUCCCCUCGCUGCCCCUUCUGCCUCUGCUGCUGGGGGCCCUGGCCUCCCUCUGAGGGCGGCCCGGAGGGAGGGCAGCCAGGAGCCCAGUGGACAGGCGCUGGGGCCUGGCCUGUCCGUUCCGGGAAACGCCGGCGUUUCCAGACAGCGGCGCCCACAGCCCCUCCCCUGCAGCCGCUGCCUGAGUCUGCCCGGAAACCCCAGCCCCGCUGCAGCACUGCGCUGAGAUUUCUAGAAAUUUCCACCGCCACCACAUGGAGGGGACCUGGGCCCAGCCCCAGUCCCAGUCGCCUGCUCCUCAGCCUGGCAGACAUCAGAAGCCUCAAUGGCGGUCUGUAGACCCCGCGGGACCCCUCUCCACUCCACGGGACACCCUCCCACCCCAAGGGGCCCCCGGGGACCCCCCACUGGAGUAUCCGUGCUUGCCCCAGAGGCCCGCACCCAUGAACACCCGGCUGGGGGGAGACGCCCCUCUCAGUCCCAGCCCACCACCCCUCAGCACAGCUGGGUGAAGAGUGGGUGCACCCUGGGGCCCCUGGCCCCCCCACCCCCCGAUUCAGGAUCUAAACCAGUGCCUCAGGAAUUACGCUUCUGGAAUAUUCCACAUCAGAAUGGUCCAGGGACCUUAGGCUGCAGGCCCCAAGCCCUCACCCUAUUUCUGACUGGGGUUGCAGUCAGGAGUCUGCACUGGACACACUCAGGGAUCCCUGAUGGCCAGCUGCUCCUCCUCUUCUGUCUCCCCGAUGACCUACCUCUUCAGUCUCCGCAGAGACGAGUGACGGCCGUGGCCAAGAGGGGUGAAGUCACGCAGCGGCCACCUCCUGGGGGGCGCCCAGCCACAGGCCCGCGGUGCUGCAGGGGCGGGAUCGGGGACCAGCCCCCGCGGCGGCAGCAGGAUGGACAGCCGGGCGUCCGUCCGGCUCCUCUCGCAGCGAGUGUCCAGCGAGGCCCCGUGGCCGGCGGCGAGGACUGUGACGCGCCUAAACUGGAGUCCAGAAUGGGGGGGCGCGAGUGGAGGGGGCAGAGAAGAGCCGCGUGCUGGGGCCGAGGUGUCCGAGGGACCCGUGGUGCUCUGGUGUGGCCUUGUUAGAUACAGCUGGUCCGAGUCUGCGGCCAUUAAGGACCGUGACUGGGAUGGCCUCACAGUGUGCGGGGUGAUUCACUCAUUGCUUUUAAA